GGAGGCAGCACUGCCUAGCCCUCCGGUCCCCUCUCAAGGUCCUUCGCUGACGCCGGGAUGGCUUCUCAGAUACGCUAGAAAGAGGCUGGAGGGCAGACAGGCUGCUGGGAGCCAAAGCUCAACAAGGAGAGAACAGAAGCCUCACCGUCGACUCGCGCAGGUUUUUGAUGACGGAGACUGGACGCCCUUUGUUAGGGCAGUUCCCACCAGGGGGUGCCAUCCCAUGUGAUGCUGCAUUCCCUAAUGUGUCUGUUCUCCCAGUCUCAACGAGCUCGGCAGAGCUGACAAAGGCUUCCCUCCAGCCUGUGGAGCUCCAGAAGCACUCCAGUGAAGCGCCAUGCUCAGAGAACGUUCUGGAAGACAGCAACCACACCAAACCAAACGCCACCGUGGCUGUUCGCAGUGCAGCAAGUCCCCACAGUAUUGCAGAUGUUCACGUAGCGGACCGCGCAUUGGCACUGAGAGAAGACAGAGACAGUGGGACCCAUCAGAAGGAACAGAGCUUGGGAGCAAACGUAUCCUGCCAGCACAGAGACCUGGGAGAGCAGAGCCUGGCCCCAGCAAAGCUGCCUGCUCAGAGGAGUCUCUCUGACAGCCUGCACACACAGAAAGGGGGCCCUGCGUUAGAGCUUCCUUGCGAACCCAGUGGGAUGAGUCCAGAAACGUCUAGCCGGCCAUUAGCGGGUACGCAGGCCAUGCAGCCGCCGGGCGGCAGCACAACCACCGCAUUCUGCCGAGAAGGUGACGCCUGCUCAGGCCGCCCAGUCCAGCAGGACUGCCCACCUUCUGCCAGUUCUGGCUCUCUGGCUGCAGGAGAGCGAAGCGGUGCCACGAAACACUCCAGGCUGGAAGAGGCCAUCUGCUGGAACUCCUGCCCCCAUGUGGCCAUCGAGGGCACGUUUGCUGCCUACUGCCACCCCCAGCCCAUCUCCGUCUCCCCCCAUGGGGCGGGGCACAGCACGGGGCAGGGCGGCGGGUCGGCCAUGCUGGCCCUCCCCCGGUUGAUUCCCUCCAUCGGCGAGACGGGGCUGGAUGGCAAGCCUGUGCCCUUCUGCUGCAGCCUGGACUGCGACCGGCUCGGGCCCCUGCGGCGUUUCGGGAGCCAGCAGCGGGCCGAGGACGAGGGCAGGCCCCCCAGGGAUGUGGCGACCAUGACCUCGCCCGUGGAGCUGAGGGACGCGGGUGUGCAGGUGGGCCAGGAGCACCCGGAGGGCCAGGCCCAGCAUGUGUUCCCCGAGGUGCGUCUGUCGCGAGAGGGUCCAGCGGCCCGGAGGAAGUCCCCGGUGCGGGAGGUGAAGUGGGACACGGAAGGCAUGACGUGGGAGGUGUACGGGGCGUCCGUGGACCCCGAGGAGCUGGGCCUCGCCAUUCAGAAGCACCUGGAGCUGCAAAUCAAGGAGACCGCGGGGAGAGCCGUGAAACUGUCGCGCCAGAGCACAGUCACCUCGCACGCCAGCGCCGGGAAGGGACAGCGCAGGAGGCGGAGCCUAAUGGCAGCCCUGCGUCCGCCGGGGUGCUGCACACGCACAACAACCGCAGCGGAUUGACGGACUGUACAACCGUACUUCCAAGCCUCAAACAGGCAUGCAGCAUACCAGGAUGCAUUUGGAAAAGCUUCAAUAACUGAUUCAGUGAUCCACUCACAACAAAGCAUACUGUGUUGAAAUGAUAUAGAAUUACUCAGAAAUAAUAGCAUUGGAUUAUUUUUAUAUAUAUAUAAUAUAUAUAUAUAUAUAUAUAUAUAUAUAUAAAAAUAAUCCAAUGUAAUAAUGUCUGUCCUGGAUUACAGCAGUGGACAACCGUUCUGGAGAAGGACCUUCUACCUAAAUUUUACAGUCUCAGUCAUGUACUGCGGGUAAACACUUUAGGUGUAAGGGCUGUUGGUUUGGCUUGUUUUCAGGUCAGGCAUGACCAAACCUCUGAGCUGGUCUGGAGCUUUAAAUGAUGCGAACAUUUGUCACUCUGGAAAAAAAAAGUCACUUUUGUAAAAAAGAAAAAAAUGUGCUCGUUCACCGAGCUGCGUCUUUUACACCAAACAAAAUGGUUCAGUCACUAAGUUAGAAUCAAUACGGUUUUCUCAAUACAUUUAAUCACACAAAAUGCUCAAACUAGUUUAGCAACUUAAAGAGGGCUUACCAGAGAAAUGUUGUUAGCGAGGCAUAAUUAUCUACAAGUUUUAAGAUUAUUGACAAGCACAGGAAGUGUUCAUUACAGGCCAAAGUUCAAAUAAUUUGAAGUUUAAAAAGAUAACCUUCCCUUAAACUAUAUAAAUUCAAUUUUAAGCCUAUUUUGCUUUAUUUCUGCGAUGUGAAAUCAGCCCAUGCACAUACUUUAUGACUGCACCAUCAUUGUGGCUGUAAGCAGGGUGAAACGUGAACUUCUGCGCCAUCUACUGGACUAAAUGCGUCAUUAUGUCUUUGCCUGAUUUGAAUCACGGUACCUGUGAUGGUCGGUUUUACUUUUCAUUUUACCUUUCAUGUUCAGUCUUUGCUCUGCGAAAAAUCUUCCUUUUAAAUUAGACAUUUAAUUUAAUUGGCUGUUUCAAUGUAGCCAUUUUUGAUCAACAUGCUCUAGAAAACUGCAUUAUAUAUAGUUUUAAAAAUGUGAAAGAAAUGUUUGUUACUUUUCUUCAGAGAUGUUUCUUCUAAUAACAUACAAUUCAAGAAUUGUCAAUUCAAAGUCUUAAAAGCAAAUAAAUUAUUCUGUAUAUAGCAUACGCUAAUCUACCAUUUAGUGCUAGUGCUAAGGAUUUCAGGAGACCUCUUUGAUCCUAUGUGUGUAACAGGAUAGUGAGAUUAGACUUUAUACUCUGCAUCUCGAGAGCAGAAACAACCUCAAAAACCAGAUAUGCAAGAUCAGUAGAGCAUGACUCUGUAAUCUUGUUAGAAUGAUGUCUUGAAAUAUUUCUUCAUUUUAAAAUGUCCACAAGACUUUAAUGGACAAAUGUAGGUUUGUAACAUUGUAAAGGUGUGAACUUAAACAUACCAGUCAUGUUUAUAAUGUAUACCAUAUAUUUUCAAGAGUGAUACUAAUAAAUAAGAAUUAUUAGUUUAUAUGACAAACUAUUCUGUCACAGUGGGAAACAGAAAUGCUAUAACUCAUUCCAGGUCUUUAGAGAUUUAUGUUAAACAGCAUGAAAGAAGCAGUCAAAAUUGGGUUGGAUACCACUGAAUCAAACCCAGUACAACUGUCAUACAUUUACAUAGCUGAUGAAUCCAAGAGAAUGCAGACCUAUUCUUCAUAAGAGUCAUUAAGUGCAGUUGUUUACAAUCAUUUAUAGAAGUAAUUUACAUUUUAAGAAGUCAUUUACUAACCACUCUGUCAGCCACAGGCCAAACCCUGGAAAUAAGAUUUACAGGGUAUUAACUUAUUUAGGAACAGGAUGGCUUUUACUCCUUUAUAUAUAUAUAUAUAUAUAUAUAUAUAUAAAAGCCCACAUGGCAUUCUGAUAUGUCUGUUAUUUAUCUACAAAUGCUAAUUACAUUUUGUAUUUACACAUAUAGGUUUGAGAUGUUAUUGAGCACAUACUAAAUCAUCUUAAAUUAUAAAUUCAACCCUGGAUUGGAAAUCAAGUGAUGGAAAUGCUGUAUAUAGGUUGGAAGAACAUUUGAUGAAUUCAUAAUGAUUUAAUUUGUGAAAAGGGAUGAGUAUUGAAGUGAGGCACAGCAGAGACUAUAGCCACUGGUCAUAGAAAUAAUAAUGAUAUUGUGCUGAAUUAUCUUUAUAUUCAUGUUGCAGUUAUUGUACUAAUAAGAGAAAAACUCCUUUAGCCUAAGCCAAUAACACAUCAUGUUGGAAAUGUAUCAAUAUGCUAAUCUUUUUUUCUAGCAGAUGAACACAAAUCUUUUUUUUUUUAAAUUGAUCAUAUACACAUUAAGAUAAAUAAAGCAACAUAUUUAUGAAAAAUUAAAAGCUGUUUAUAUUGACUAGAAUGUA